AUGGCGUUCAGGUUAAGUUCCGGAGAUGUCGCUGGCUUCAAAGUACUGUUUUGUUUGGCGAUUCUUUACGGUCUCAUGUCGAUUAUAGCCUACUCCGUCAUUCACAUGAAGUUCAUCACACCUCUCGGCCUCGAUGCGCCUCUCGAUCGAUUUUCGGAAUCCAGAGCCGUCGAGCAUGUCCGAGUGUUGUCCAAGGAGAUCGAUGGUCGCCAGGUAGGGCGUCAAGGUUUAAGAGAAGCUGCUGAAUAUAUCAAAACGCAGUUGGAAAAGAUGAAGGAGCAAGCUGGACCCAAUCUUAGGAUUGAGAUAGAGGAAAACAUCAUUAAUGGCUCCUUCACCAUGUUGUUUCUAGGCCAUAGUCUGUCUCUGGCAUAUAGAAAUCAUACAAACAUUGUCAUGAGGAUUUCAUCAAUAGAUUCACAUGACACUGACCCAUCAUUUUUGUUGAAUGGCCAUUUUGAUGCUCCACCUGGUUCUCCGGGCGCUGGUGAUUGUGGCUCAUGUGUUGCAUCAAUGCUGGAAAUAGCCCGGCUCACUGUUGAUUCUGGAUGGAUUCCUCCUCGACCCAUUAUAUUUCUAUUUAAUGGCGCAGAAGAACUUUUUAUGCUGGGUUCACAUGGCUUCAUGACAACACAUAAAUGGCGUGAUACAAUCGGAGCUUUUAUAAAUGUCGAAGCGUCUGGGACUGGAGGGCUAGAUCUUGAAUUUUUUUGCCAUGCUGGUGCUUAUCAAUUGGGAGUGCAACCAGCUUCUGGUUCUUGGUAG